UUAAAGUGGAAUAUAGUUGUAUCUAUUUUUUUUUAUUUCUUUAUUUCUGAAAUUCAGCACUAUGAGUAGAAGAAGAAAACAUAAAUUCAUAAAGAAACAAUCAGGAAACAAUGACAUGAAACUGACAACAUAUUAUCAGUUUUUAUUACCAUGUUGCAGUGAGUUUCCAAAUACUGGAAGAAGCUGUCCAAGACGAUAAGAUAAUCUACUGCCAGUGUUUGUUGUUAAGAUUUAUUAUCAACUGGAAGAGAUCACCUGUGGUCGUUUUCAAAAAGCAAACACGCAUAAAUAAGGAACAGGAACAACACAUAGACUGGUCAGACGUACCCCCCACCCCACUUCCAUUUCUUUGACCCCAGAUCACCCACUACAAAGAAAAAAACAAAUCCGUGUUGUCUGUUAAAACAUUAAGCUGUUACAACAGCGCCAUCUUGUGGACAUGAUUAAAAAUAGCACAAUACAACUAGCAAUUAGCCGCAUUGUGCUAAUUCCACCUGCUAAGUCCACCUGGCAUUGUUUUAUGUUCGGCUUGAGCGGAGGUUGAGUCAAAGCGUCACUGGUUAUUUUCAAUUAUCUUCCGUUUAAGGCCAACCGCUCUGUUUAUUCAAAAAAAAAAAGUUUGUUCAAAGCCGUACCUUCUUUAAAGAAUACAAUAUUGUGCUUUCGUGGAUUUUGUUUUUUUUACAGUCAUGCCUGUUGUUUUAGUUUGUUUGUCUAAGUCUGGCCAAAUGCAUGGAGUGAGUGCACAUGGAAGUUUCUGGAAUGUCACAGACGGCGAACCACGUAAGAAAAAAGAGUUACCCCAGUGGCAGUCUGCAUGGUGAUAAGUGGAGUAAAAAUAGAAAAUACAAACGGAGGACAGCAAUGUUGCAGAUGGAUGGCGUUUACUCUCGAAGGUAAUUGAUACCUCUACCUUUAAUAAAUUCUCCUUGUUCAUCAUUCUACAUCCUGGCUCUUAUUUUGAAAACAUCUACGCGCUGUUUCCGUUCAUUUCUGCCUGACUUCACGCUCCACAGAGGAGCGCAGACUCCAGAUCGCAGACUCCACACGCAUCCUUCCACCGCUGACCUGAGCUUCGCUGGCUCCUGUAUGUGUGUGCAUGUAUGUGUGUGUGUGUUUGUGAGAGACAGCGGGUGCAUGUGUGAGCGGGAGUGGGGCUGAUCUCCAGAAGGCAUGCCAGGAUGGAGAACCUCAAGGAGAAUGUGGUAACUUCGGAUUGAUGCCCGAGGAUAACGCGCGCUUGGCCUGAACCUCUAUCGUCUUUUUGCGGGGAUUUUAUAUAUUUGGAUGUUGUCUGUGUCUCCCUCCCCCCGUUUUCACCCAAGCAGAGGGAAUUUUCACUUAGCUUGCAAUUCCUGUCAUUUCUGGCGUGAAAGAUGCCAUUUGCCAAAAGGAUUGUGGAGCCGCAGCUUCUGUGCAGGCACCACAUCCCCAACGAUGAAGGUCUGCUGUUCGAGGACUUGUGUGCCAUCAGUAACGUGGUUCUGUCCAGGACCUUGCGACAGCUGUCCGACCUGGCCCGGCACGCCUGCUCCCUAUUUCAGGAGCUGGAAAACGACAUCAUCAGCACCAACCAACGGGUCUGGGUUCUUCAGAACAAAAUAGGCCAGAUCCAGCAGACCGCCAGUGCCCUAGACCCUAAAAAGGAGGCAGUGCCUGUGUCAAACCUGGACAUAGAGAGCAAGCUGUCCGUUCACUAUCAGGCCUCCUGGCACCAACAACACAAUUUAAUUCAUCCUUUCAGUCGACCGCCAUCCUCCCCCUCCCCACCCACUGUACGUCGGCAACAGAGGAGCCGACUGGCACGAGCGCAAGAGAGAGCAGAGAGGGAGCGAGAGUUGGAAUAUCAGCCCCGAAAGGAGAAUGUUGUGAGGGAAACCGAGAUACAGACCUUACAGAGAAAAGAGAAGCCAGCCAGAGAAGCAGAUAUGCAGACGAUCCAAAGAAAGUUUGAGUGCUUUUACUCACUACCCACAAUUGAAAGUUGUAUCUUCAUCCCAUGGAACAUAAAGGCUACCUCAGCAGAAGAUGAAGUGGGUGAGGCCUCGGACGGCCACAGAGCCAAGGCUUCAGCCCCGACUGCUUCGUCAACCAAGGAAAAACAGGCAAACUGGUCCAAAGAAAACCUUUCGCCAUCAGAUCAGAAGCAAACUGCCGAUGCUCAUAGCAUUUCCUCCUGCAUCAUCCCAAUCAAUGUAACAGGGGUUGGUUUUGACAGGGAAGCAAGUGCCCGUUGUUCUCUAGUCCAUUCCCAGUCGGUUCUUCAGAGGAGAAGGAAGCUUCGGCGGAGGAAGACUAUCACAGGAAUUCCAAAAAGGGUCCAUCAGGACUUGGACUCAGAUGAAUCACCUGUAGCAAGAGAGCGCACAGUGAUCGUCCAUGCCAACCCGCACCAACUCUCUCUCUGUCAGGAAGAUCUUUCAAUCAGUGGUCGCCUCCAUCACACUCGUGACUCUGGCUGCCAGACAGAUGAUUUCCUUAUAGCAUGCACCGCUGCACCUUCCAGACGGCGCAUUAGGGCACAACGUGCACAUCAGGGGAUUCCCGCGUCUCUGUCCCAUUCAACGGGAAACAUUUCCUCUCUCGGAGACCAGUCAGACUCGGCGUACACCAGUGGUUCAGCCCAUGGCGGACGCCUGCGCUCCCGCAGCCUUCCGAGAGAGGGCGGGCGUUUGAUGGACAGCGACGACGACGACGACGAUGACGACAACUACGACGACGACGACGAUGACGAGGAGUUGUCGCCUUACGAAACGGAGGACUUCAUCCCAUCUGGUCCUAGUCCGCGAAUGAAGAUGAUGAUGAUGAAGGAUGAGGAAGAGAGCACAGACGACCAGGCCGCUCCAGAACCUCUGCAACUUGGAACUCUCAAACGGUUGCAGAGGUCUGGGGAGAGAGACAGGGGGAGCGGCGGAGGAGGGAGUCCAGAACACAGCUGGAAAGAGAGGGGGCGGUCCCGCCUGCCCCGCAAAACUGACAUGGGCAGUUGUGAGAUUUCGUCAAGUUCCGAUACUUUCAGUAGCCCAAUCCACUCUGUGUCAACAGCAGGAGUCCACACCCAUGUGGAUCACAAGGAGGACCACCAGUCAUCCAGUGGGAACUGGAGCGGUUCCAGUUCCACGUGCCCCUCGCAGACGUCCGAAACGAUCCCUCCGCCCUCCUCCCCACCUCUGACGGGAUCGUCCCACUGCGACUCAGAACUGUCGCUCAACACUGUGCCAAAUGCCAUCGACGAGGGAUUUUCCUUGGAUCCCUCGUACCCCUCUGACCUCCGACCCCAGAGUCAAGGCCACAGAUCGAACUCAUUCACAUCUUCAGCCACAGACCAGCUGGACGAUGCAGGGGUCAGUACAGCAAGCGAGGGGGAAUGGACUUACCCUGCAGACCAGGAUCACAACGAUCCAGACCAAGAUCCCGAUCCUACCCAAAACCAGAGUCAGAGUCACGCGUUGACGACGGAGUACUCCUCCAAAAAAGACCGCACCUGUAACAACGAGAAACACCUCGGUUCUCAGUACACGUCCGACACGGAGAACUUGUACUCGUCUUUCGAGCACUUGGGGGAAUGUAAUCAGACUUACAAAACGUACAUGUGCAACUAUGCAGAUCAGGAAUCUCCCGUGACAGAGUCCAAAAGUGUGGCAGCAGCUCUGUUACACAAAGGCUGCCUCCAGCCUGCAGCCGACUUCAAAGAAAACAGUAUGACCUUGGGGAGGAUGUGUCAUCCGGUCAGAAAACCCAAAGUCAAACCGCCGCCACCCAAACGGACGUCGUCAAUAAAGAAGCCCAGCAGUUGCGUAGAUGUCGGAACGGACACGCAUCACGAUGAACCAAAAAAAGUCGGUGAACCGGAGAUCAACUUGUCUUCCACGGAUAUGAAGCUGGACCUGGAGCUGGAAGCAUGCGGCGCUCCUGAACCACUACAGACAUCCUGUCUGGUGGCGGAGCCGCUAGCGUCGUGGGGCAUGGGAAUCGGUGAGACGAUGGAUAUGGUGGAGCCCAUGUCCUUCAGCUCCGCGGAUACACACUCAUUCAAAGACGAAGGUGCUGUGCAGUCUGACUACGCAGACCUAUGGCUUCACAACGCCGAGGUGAAGUCCAGCAACGGCGUGUACAUAUCUAUGUCCAACUCAAGCACAGCCGCCGGCGCCACCGUCACAGAGUGCACCAAGUCCCCGGACAGCUCCUCUUCGCCCACCGAAACCCAAACGCAGACCUUUGCCCGGCCUUCAGAGACUAGGGCAGCCAGUCCGCCUCUUCCACCCGGAGACUUUAAACUGGGGUCACCUGAAAAGCUGGCCGGUCUGGCAUCACCGUCCAGUGGCUAUUCCAGCCAAUCCGAGACUCCAACAUCAACCUUGCCCUCUUCAUCAGCUGCAUUCUUUCCCGGACCUCUGUCACCCUCAGUCGCCAAAAGAAAGCCCAAAGUGCCCGAAAGGAAGUCUUCUCUCUCCUCUCUGCAACACUUCCCAAGGGAUGGGAUUUCUAUUUCUUCUUGCUAUAAAAAAGAUCCCGAUUUCCCACCUCCGCCUUCUCAACUCGACCUCCACGUUCUUCACGGUAGCUACGUCAGACACACACUAUGCCAUAGACCCCACCACAUGCACACGCUCGCCCACGGCAAACACAGAGUCACGAACACCGUGGCACCCGCUGGAAUAAAGGUGUCGGCCCCCGAGACUUCAAACGCAAUCCUGUCACCAAGCUCAAAUUUGGCGCCAACAAUUACUAAUUCCAAUCCGUCGGCAAUGACAACAGCUGCUCCACGUUCAGCACCGCUUCAUUCGGCCCUCAGGUCUACGGAUUCUUCUACAACUACAGAGCAGCCGACGGCGCGGGGUUUAGAGACCGCUACCAGACCUAAAUGUCCUCCUAGUACUUCGACGUUGGCGCCACCUCCUAUCCACACCAGGCCUCUUCCUCCCCGGAGGCCGCCUCCCAGGCCGCCAUGCCAUGACCACGCCUCCUCCCCGGAACAUUCACAUCCACCGCCCCCAAUCCGCCACCCUGACGGGCCUCCAUCCUACGAAAGCCUUCUGCUAAGACAUGACCGCUACGGACCUGGAACCUUCUGGGCCAUGACGGCCUUCAGAACGCGAAUGGACUCAUCGUCGGACCUGUCCGAGGACAGCUCACCCGUGCACCGCCCCGUACCGCGAGCCCCCCACCCGUCGCCUGUGGACUUACACACGCACAUAAAAUCGCACACCGAGUUUCGAGGACUGACACACUCAUCUCAUUCGCACUCUGAAUUUAGGGUUUUGGGAGAGCAAUCAUUCUCCCAGGAUGAUGACGACGACGAGGACGAGGACGAGGAGGAAGAAGAGGAAGACCAGGUGAAAGAGCUGCCGAGGGCUGCGUGUUCCAGAGGAGGAUUGCGAUCGGACCACCCUCCACCUCCGGCGUAUGAGUUCGCUGGAGGAUCCCACUCAGACUCAGGGCCCUGGGCUAGUCCACUCAAAGUGCCUGGCAUCAUUAAACAGACAUCGCAUCCUUACCCAAUCAGCGAUGCAAGGAGAGGACGGCAGACGGAGAAGGAAGAAGAGAGUGAAGAGACAUCAGGUGCUACCAGAAGUGCCAAUCAGCAGCAUCUCCAGGAGGGCAAAGACGACUCCACCACCCCUGACACUGAAGAUUACUUCAGUAAAGAUUCAACGCCCAGUGAUAACUCACUGUCCCCUGUGACGGACGACUCCAGAAUGGACGAUGACAUCAUCACAUCACCCAACAAGACCCGUACUACUGAGGACCUGUUUGCUAUGAUACACAGAUCCAAGAGAAAGGUUCUGGGCCGUAAAGACUCCGGAGACCUAAACAUGAAGUCCCGUCUUUGCCCGGCAGCAACAGUUACCCCCGGAAAUGUCUCCAGCAUCAUCAUCUCACCAGCCGCUCCACUCAGCGUCACGGCCAACUCGGCCACGACCGCUGGAUCACAACGAGCCCCCGUCCCAAUCUACCGCAGCGCCAAGAAGUCCACGACAUCCAACGAGGAAUUUAAACUUCUGUUGCUCAAAAAAGGGAGCAGGUCGGACACCAGCUACCGCAUGUCAGCGACGGAGAUUCUUAAGAGCCCCAUUACCCCCAAACUCCCAGGGGAGCCUCUACAAGAGGGGCUUGUGAGGCAACUGGAGGAGACGUCUUCGACACUACAGGAACCCCAUCUCUCUAGCAUGGAUCCAAUCCAGAUACCAAUUCUUUUCCCCAGAGCCAACUCUGAGAGUUUUACCCCCAAGACUCUACCCCUGUCAUCUGCAUCCCGACAGGGCCGUUCUCGGAUCCCACCUGUAGCCACCAGCAGCCGCUACAGCACACGCAGCCGCCUCUACACAGCCCCCAUGCAAGCCAUUUCGGAAGGGGACACGGAAAACUCAGACGGGAGCCCCCACGAUGACAGGUCGUCCUGAAAUAAUCCAACGAGACACGUCUUCCGAUUGGAAAACGUGUCUCCCGUGUAAAGCGAUACUUUUUCUAAAAAUCGAAAGCGUGUUUCACGAAGACCAUCAUCGUAAUUCUAUUUGAAAAAAAAUUAUAUAUAUAUAUAUUUUAUGUACUAUUGUAUCAAAGAGAAUCGGACAGCGAGUUAUGAGAAACAAAAUUAAAAAACAUUUGGUAAAAUAAACUGUACCAUCAAAACAAAAACCUUACCUUUAAAAUAUGACAGAGUUAAAUUGAUAUAUUUAAAUGAAUUAUCUUUAUUAAAAAAAAGUGGUACAAAUGUUUGGUAAAAUAAUAGUACAAAACUCCUACAGUAUCAAGUGUGUGUGGAGGGGUGUGUGUGUGAGAGAGUGUGUGUGGGGGGGGAAUUAGGACAAAAAGGGAAUUGCUUUCUAACGAUAACGUUUCAAUUAAAAUCCUACAAAAUAUUGUAUUAUCCCUUAAACCCCAAAGUUCAAACUGAAUAUUCCUGCCAGUAAAGGUAGUUUAGAUUCACUAACAAUCUCUCAACACAGGACUAACUUCUCUAUCUAUUCCCAUCUGCAGACGUGGUAUAGAAAAAAAUAAAAUAAAGUAUCACACAGAACUAAUCUUUUAUUUCUUUACAUAAAUUAUAUCCGGAAAGAAAACAUGUUGCAUGUAUUUUUAUAGAAACAGUAAAAAAAAAAAGAGCCUCAGAACACGUUGCAUGACCCUAUAGGAAAACAUCUUCAUGGUACUACUUUUGACAUUUUGUCUUUUAAUUUCUGAGUU